GCUCUUCAUCGCUGGUCAUCUCGUCAAAAUGGCCAAGUCAAUUGCGGGUUCCAAGGUCCUUCUUCUAGGCUCGGGCUUCGUCACCCAGCCCACUGUCGAUGUUCUGAGCAAGGCUGAUGUUCAUGUUACUGUCGCCUGCAGAACUCUCGAAAGCGCCAAGAGACUUUGCGGCGGCCUCAAGAACACCACUGCCAUUUCCCUGGAUGUGAACGAUGCUGCUGCCCUGGACAAGGCUCUCGAGCAGGUCGACGUGGUUAUCUCCUUGAUCCCAUACACCUUCCAUGUGCUCGUCAUCAAGUCUGCUAUCCGCACGAAGACGAAUGUCGUCACCACGUCUUACGUCUCGCCCGCAAUGGCCGAGUUGGAUGAAGAGUGCAAGAAGGCUGGGAUCACGGUUAUGAACGAGAUUGGUCUGGACCCGGGUAUCGAUCACCUAUACGCUGUCAAGACUAUUUCGGAGGUACAUGCUGAAGGAGGCAAGAUCACCUCUUUCCUUUCUUACUGCGGAGGUCUCCCUGCUCCCGAAUGCUCGGACAACCCACUGGGUUACAAGUUCUCCUGGUCUAGCCGCGGUGUGCUUCUGGCUCUCCGAAACGCCGCCAAGUUUUAUGAGAAGGGCAAGGAAGUUAGCAUUGCCGGCCCUGACCUCAUGGCCACUGCUAAGCCUUACUACAUCUAUCCUGGUUUUGCAUUCGUUGCAUACCCAAACCGUGACUCUACCCCAUUCCGUGAACGUUACGAUAUCCCCGAAGCCCAGACAGUCGUCCGCGGUACCCUGCGGUACCAGGGAUUCCCAGAGGUGAUUAAGGUCCUGGUUGAUAUCGGUUUCUUGAGCGAUGAGUCCGCCGAUUUCCUCAAGUCUCCUAUUCCCUGGAAGCAGGCCACCCAGCAGAUCCUCGGUGCGGCUUCUUCGGACGAGAAGACUCUGGAGGCCGCCAUUACGUCCAAGACUGCUUUUGCCAGCAGCGAUGAUCACGAUCGUAUCCUUGCGGGUUUCCGAUGGAUCGGUCUCUUCUCUGAUGAGAAGAUUACGCCCCGUGGCAACCCUCUCGACACUCUGUGUGCCGAGCUCGAGAAGAAGAUGCAGUACGCCCCUGACGAGAGAGAUCUCGUCAUGCUGCAGCACAAGUUCGGUAUCGAACACAAGGAUGGCUCCACUGAGACCCGGACUAGCACUCUCUGCGAAUACGGUACUCCGGGUGGCUACUCUGCUAUGGCCAAGUUGGUCGGUGUUCCUUGCGCUGUCGCUGUCAAGUUUGUACUUGACGGUACAAUUAACAAGAAGGGUAUCCUCGCCCCCAUGACUAUGGAUAUCUGCGCUCCCCUUCUCAAGACUCUCAAGGAGGAAUACGGUAUUGAGAUGAUUGAGAAGACUCUUUAGAGCGCUUGCCUACUCUCCUUUAGCUGUUGAGAAAAUUCCUUCUAUUUGGAUUUUGUAGAUGGAAAAACGAAUUGACAUGGAUAUAUGACGAAUCAAUAGAACUGGAUUAAAUAUGUGUUGGUACUAGACCGGGCGUAGAACAAGUGUAGAGCUAACAAGUAGCCUAUAUAUCAAUCUGCUAAGCAAUAACCAAGCGUCCUCACGAUGAG